AUGGUACAGAGAGAGAGCAUGAUGGAGACUGCUCGUGGGGCAUACAGCCUCUCCUCUGUGAUUCAGCACCUAAUUCUGGCAGAAGUGCGGAAACGGGUCCCAGGGGCCGACGGGAGGCCAACCGCCCAGCCUCAUCUAGUGGACGAGGGGUUUCCUCUGUUGCGGCCUAACUGGGAUUUUGAGGGAGGGGAAGGUAGGGAACAUCUCUGAGUGUACCGCCAGACUCUGAUGGCUGGCCUGUGGGCCGCAGCAAGAAAGCCGACAAAUUUGGCAAAGGUAAAUUUAGUAAGGCAAGAGCCCACUGAGAGCCCGGCAGCCUUCCUAGAAAGGCUAAUGGAAGCUUUCAGGCAAUAUACACCUAUGGAUCCCCAGGCUGAGGAGUCACGUGCUGCAGUUCUGUUAGCGUUUGUAAAUCAGGCAGCCCCAGAUAUCAGGAAGAAAUUACAAAAGAUAGAGAGAUUGGGAGAACAGAUGAUACAGGAUUUAUUGAAAGCAGCUGAAAAGGUAUUUAAUAAUAGGGAGACCCCAGAAGAAAGGGAAGAACGAAUUCGACGGGAGGAAAGAGAAUUAGCUGAGAAGAUCAGGAAGGAAGAUAGAGAAUAUAAAACGAGGGAAAACUGGAAGAACUAGAGGGAGCUAGCCCAGAUUCUUUUUGCGUGGAUAAAAGCCGGAACAGAAUUGAGGGAACCUCGAGACCCCUGGACGGGAGAAAAACAGAAACCAAAAAGGCAGGCCCUAAAGAAAGAUCAGUGCAUCUACUGCAAAGAACAGGAGCACUGGAAAAACAAGUGCCCUAAGAGGGACCUGAGGAGAGGAAUGACCCAGAGAAAGAAAAUCUCCCCUAGAACUCGAGUUCUAUAUGUGGGGGAAGACAGUGACUGGGGGAGUCAAGACUCGGCACCCCUCCCCGAGUCCUGGGUAACCAUACAUGUGGAGGGGAAACCUGUUGGCUUCAUGGUAGAUACUAGUGCCCAACACUCUGUUUUAAAUAAAAAACUGGGACCAAUGUCUAAGAAAACCAGCUUGGUGCAAGGAGCCACAGGGACAAAAAGAUAUUAUUGGACCACAGAACGAAAAGUAGAUCUGGGGACCCACCAGGUGUCCCAUUCGUUUUUGGUGAUACCAGAAUGCCCAGCCCCUCUACUUGGAAGAGACUUGUUGACUAAAGUUAAUGCUCAGAUUCAUUUUGACCCUGGGAGAAUGAUGGCCACGAAUGGACUUGGACAGCCGAUACAUGUCUUAUCCCUAGCCUUAAGAGAUGAAUACAGACUUUUUGCACCAAAGCCCUCAGAGACUAUAGCACUAGAUGUACAACCGUGGGUCCAUAAAUACCCAUUGGCCUGGGCAGAAACGGCAGGAAUGGGACUAGCCAAACAGAGACAUCUGGUCGUCAUCGGGCUAAAGGCUGGGGCAACUCCUGUGAGGGUGAGACAGUACCCCAUGAGCCAGGAAGUUCGGUGGCGGAUCACUUCCCACACUCGACGUCUCAUGGAUGCCGGAAUUCUCAAGCGGUGCCAAUCCCCUUGGAACACACCCUUACUGCCGGUGAAGAAGCCAGGGGGGACAGAUUACAGACCUGUCCAAGACCUGCAAGAAGUCAACAAACGGGUGAGUGACAUACAUCCCACUGUCCCUAACCCUUAUACCCUCUUGAGCAAUUUGCUACCUGAGUACACUUGGUAUACUGUGUUGGACUUGAAAGAUGCCUUUUUCAGCCUACCCCUGGCGGCCCAGAGCCAGGAGAUAUUUGCUUUUGAGUGGACCGAGGGGGAAGGCCAACCGGUAAUACAAUUAACUUGGACCCGCCUCCCACAGGGAUUCAAGAACUCCCCUACCUUGUUUAAUGAGGCUCUGAGUGAGGACCUCUACGAAUAUCAGACUCGCCACCCAGAGGUCAUCCUGCUACAAUAUGUAGACAACCUUAUGUUGGCUGGAACCACCGAGGAGGCAUGCAACCAUGCCACUAGGGACCUCUUACAGACCCUAGGCAUCUUGGGGUAUCGCGCUAGCCCAAAGAAGGCACAAAUAGCCCGGCAAGAGGUCACCUAUUUGGGGUAUAAGAUCAGGCAGGGGAAAAGGUGGCUAACUCAGGCCAUGAAGGAAAUGAUAUUGCAGAUACCAGAGCCCAAGACCCCCCGCCAGGUGAGAGAGUUUCUGGGGACUGUUGGAUAUUGCAGACUGUGGAUCAUGGGGUUUGCUGAGAAGGCCCGGCCCUUGUAUGAGGGAAGUAAAGAGACCCCAAACUGGACUUGGACUGAGCCAAUGAAACAGGCUUUCCAGACACUCAGACGGGCCCUACUAGAAGCCCCAGCCCUUGCCCUGCCUAACCCAAAUAAGCCAUUCCAGCUGUUUGUAGAUGAAAAGCAAGGAAUAGGAAAGGGGGUCUUGACCCAACAAUGGGGACCAUGGAAACGGCCGGUGGCAUACCUUUCGAAGCGAUUAGACCCGUUGGCCACUGGGUGGCCCCCUUGCCUUCGCAUCAUCGCAGCCACUGCCCUCCUCGUCCGCGACACUGACAAGUUGACGUAUGGACAGCAACUCCUGGUUCACACCCCCCACGCCAUUGAAGGGGUUUUGAAGCAGCCACCGGGUAAGUGGAUCUCCAAUGACCGCUUGAUACAUUACCAGGCUUUGCUGCUCAAUGCCCCACGGGUGCAUUUUCAGACCCCUUGCUUCCUGAAUCCGGCCACGCUCUUACCCAACCCAGAGAAAGACCGCCCUCUCCAUGAUUGCAGCGAGAUACUGGCUGAGGCCCUGGCAGCACGAAAAGACUUAACUGAUGUACCCCUAGACAACAGUGAGCUAGUAUGGUUCAUGGAUGGGAGUAGCUAUGUAAAAGACGGGCAAAGGAAAGCGGGAGCCGCUAUAGUUGAUGACUCAGGACAGACAAUAUGGGCUGAGACACUUCCCCCAAACACUUCUGCACAAAGAGCAGAAUUGAUUGCCCUAAUGCAGGCUCUGGAGCAAGCCAAAGAGAAGAGAGUUACCAUUUUUAUUGACAGCUGAUAUGCUUUCGGCACUGCGCAUAUUCAAGGUCCUAUAUACCAAGAAAGGGGAUUUCGGACAGCUGAGGGAAAGGAGGUAAAAAAUUUGCCAGAGAUUCACAGGCUCCUGGAAGCCGUCCAACUGCCCUGGGCAGUAGCAAUAGUGCAUGUCCCCGGUCACCAGAAAGGAGAAGACCCUAAGGCACGGGACAAUUGUGCCGCUGAUGCGGCCGCUCGAGAAGCGGCUAGCCGGGACUACACCGUCCCCAUAUUAGCCAUAAUUCAGGCUUGCAAAGCAUGCCAGCUGAUGAGGGCAGAGAAGAAGCAGCACACAGGAACAAGGUACCGAGGGGAAAAGCCAAGGCAACACUGGGAGAUAGAUUUCACUGAGGUAAGGCCAGGCAAGUACGGGUAUCGCUAUCUGUUGGUUCUGGUAGAUACCUUCUCAGGGUGGGUAGAAGCCCUCCCCACUAAGGGAGAGACAGCAACAGUGGUUGCUAAAAAGAUCUUAGAGGAAAUAGUGCCUAGGUAUGGGCUGCCGAUGACUAUGGGCUCUGAUAACAGACCUGCCUUUGUGAGCCAGAUUGUACAAGGGCUGGCCCGAGCUCUGGGGAAGAAAUAGAAGUUACAUUGUGAAUAUAAUCCCCAGAGCUCAGGACAGGUUGAGAGAAUGAAUCAGACUCUAAAAGAAACUUUGACAAAGUUGGCAAUAGAGACUGGCGGGGACUGGGUGACCCUCCUUCCCUUUGCACUCUUUCGGGCGCGUAACACCCCUUAUAAGCUGAAUUUUACCCCUUUUGAGAUUCUGUAUGGAAGACCCCCUCCUGUGUGUCCUAUUUCUAAAGGAAAAUGCCUGCCACCCCCUACUUUGGGACAAUUCCAGCAAACUCUGAUGGCAUUAAGUAAAGUACAUAACCAUGUUUGGAAAUUGAUUCAAGAGAUACACGAGGGUCAAAAUAAGGGGGCCAUCCCCUCACAUGAUAUUGGCCCAGGUGAUUGGGUUUGGGUAAAACGGCACCAAUCUAAAGCAUUAGAACCUAGAUGGAAAGGCCCUUAUGUUGUUCUCCUUACCACUCCUACUGCUGUCAAAGUCGACGGGAUUGGACCCUGGGUUCACUGCAAUCACAAUGUCAGAUCCAUGUCUUGUGUUAUCUUGAUAUGUCUGAAAUUUCUGGAAAGAGACAGAAGUUCCAGCUCUGAGCCCGGCGGGCCUCAGAAAAAACCCCUCAUGGUCUGCCUUGGCAUCAGUAGACCAGAAGUUGUGGGGGAUAAGUGGCCACAGGGGAAAUAUAAGAGAAUCAAGUCCCAUCCAGAAAGACUUCAAGGGUACAGAGAUCCCUUGGAUGCCAUCUUCACCUGUAAGGAGAGAGUCUGUAACAAGGUGGUGGCAGACCUGUGUGCCAGAGAAGAGGAGACCUCCCAGCCGGUGCACGUGAUCAGCGUGGACGUGGAGGACACCUUGGAGGCGGCCACCCUUGGAGCUUUGAUCCUCUGUGAGCGCUGCCAAGGUCUCCAGCAGGCUGAGGGCAUGGAAAGCAGCCUGGCUGAGCUGCGCCAGGCAGCAAAGGAGAAAACAGCAAGAUAUACACCACCCAGGGAAGGAAGUGGAGGAGAAAAAGAUUUUAUGGGAAAUAGAACAUGGACUACAAGUAGGCAUCAAAAUCCUUUCAAUGUGAGGGACAGUGGUGUGGGUGACCAUGUGAACAUUCAUGCAUGUGGCAGUGCGAGUGGUAAGGAGGCAAAGGUUUCUUUCCUGGUAGAUUCAAUGCCCUCUGUGAUCAGCCUCUCUGCUGAUUGUGAGUAG